CUUCUCUGGUAAGUUAAGAGCUUUUUCUUGUCCUAAAAAGCUUGCUCAACACUUAUACUUAAAAAGCAGAAAAAGAAAAGAAAAACUUAGCAAUUUGCAUCUUCACGGAUCCCAUUUCAAAGAUUUUCCAGCCACUGCAUUUAAAGUUUGAGCUUCAUCUGUUUUAAUGAUUGAAAGGCAAUUUCAAGAACAGAGUAUUAGAGAAAUUUCAAGCACAGUGUAGAUAUGGAUGUCAACAAAACUAAAGAUUUACAUGCAUGCAGCCGGAAAGUCGCCUCUGUUGUAGAACACAGAGUUCGUUUAUCCUGGUGGGAAGUGCCUGAUGCUGUCCUCGAGUGGUUACAUGGAACCGGUUUUGAAAAUUUAGCUGAGCUUAUUAAUUUCGAAGCAUCCAACCCAUUAAGCAGUCUGGCAACUGCGUUGGUUCAACUGUAUGAUGUUGAUAAAAGAUGUUUUGUGUUCAACGGUUUGGAGUUAUUUUUUGGUUUAGAAGAUGUACUGAAGAUAUUCGGGUUACCUAUAGAUGGUAAACCGGUUAUCAGAAAUGAUGGAAGUGAUGAAGAGUUUGUGGAAAAAUAUUUAGGAGUGACAAUAGAAGACGGUAUAGAGCUUAUGACUGGAGGGAUUCGUCCUAUAACCCUCAAGACAAAAUUCCAAAACUCUGAUUAUCCGAGUAUUCAAUAUAUUAGAGCGUAUGUACUGUACAUAAUAGGUUGUUUAAUAGCUCCUGGAGACUACACUGUUCCCGGACAUUAUUUGGCUUUGUUAGAAGAUGUUGAUAAAAUCAAAGACUAUGCGUGGGGAGCAGCCAUGCUAACAAACCUCCACAGGGGUCUUGAAUCUGCCAAAAAAAGCAGUACGCCAAGUCUUGGACACAGUCUUUUUCUGAUGAUAUUUAUAUUAGAGCACAUUCCGAAAGUUGUUAGAAAGCUCAAUAUAGACACUAGUAAGGUGCCAUCAGCAAGCUUUCCCUUGGUGCUAAGGUGGUUUGAUCAGCUGACAGAACUGUCCGAGAAUCACUCCUCCGUGCCGUCUGAUUCCCAACUGCUUGCAUUGUUUAGUCAGCUAACACAUGAUGAAAUCAUAUGGUCUCCAUAUAAUGGUCUAUCUGUCCCGGCCCCAUACAAUGAGCAAGUUCCUAUGGGUUGUUCUCUGACCUCCAUUUUAUGUAUGGAGAACUCGGUUUUGCAUGAUCCUACACUCAGAGCUGAUGUGGAUCGUCCUUCUGAGAGGAUCUCCUUGUACCGUGAGAAACUCCUUUGUGUUCAUAGAUUAUCUAGGACGAAGGAAAUGAAAAAUUGGUGUGAGAUACAUGUUGAAUUUUUGAAGCAUUGGGAUCAGCGUAAGGAUUACUUGGUGAAUCUGAUCGAUGCAGAGGAGUACGUUUCACAACAACAGAAUUUUGAAGGGCAAGAAAAAGAUGAGAGCCCUUCUAAAGAGGCAGAGAGGGAAAUAUUACCGGCUGGCUCGCCGGAGAUCCUUGCAAAUGACAUGCCAGAACCUACUAUUAACAUCACCAAACACUCCCCUGCAAUCCAUGGCUCAAGUAAGAAACCUUUCACUGAUGUUAUGCUAGAUGAUACAACGUCUUCCACACCACCACUUUCAUCUGAUGAAGAUGCCCUACCUUUAUCAUCUUUGCGGAAGAUUAGGAAAAGGAGCGAAGCAUCAGUUGGAGGAGACUCAAGUUGUGACGACUCCAAAAUAGAUGAGGUAGAACAGUUCUUUGCACAUCUCCCGACACAAAUCGAACAAGCUCGAUCCCCGGGAAUUGAUGUUAAAUCACCUACAUUUAAAAAGCCCCGUCAUUCGGCACAAGUACUUAACAGAACCAAAGCUGAAGUUCAGAAGUUGCUUAUGAUGCCUUUGCACGAAGUGGUUCUCCCUGUUAAUUUUUCGGCUUUGAUGGCUGCCCUUCCUAUAUAUGCAGCAUUGCCUCAUCUCUCGGCUGAGAAAAUAGAUGCUCUGAAGGAACUCAAAGAGAAUCUUCAAUCCCUAUUUUUUGAUUUUCAUACGGCGAAGAAGCAGCAAGAGGAGUGUAAUAGUAAGGCUUGCCAGAAGGUAAUCCUAAUCCACGAACUCACUAAAGGGCAGGAGCUUUACAAUGAUGUCAAACAUCGUCUCAAUAAACUUGACACGUCUAUGAAUUCCAUCAGAAGUCAAAUUUCAGAGUUGAAGGUGAGUCUAGAAGAAGCAAAGAUGAAAAGGAGAGACAUUCAGGAAGAAGGAUUAAAUUUGAAAAACACAUAUUCUGCCAAGUUAGCUUCAUUGGCAGAAUUGGAAGCAGAAUUUCUUGAUUUAAGGAAAGAGUUGGCUGAUUCUCAGAUUAGCCAAGCAGAGGUUAGUUGGCAAGACUACAAACAAAAGUUAGUUGGUUUAGGAUUGUAAGUUGUCAAGACUUCUUCCAUGUGAAUUUUGAAAAGAACUGUUGUAAGUAUGCAUGUACAUAUCUUUCGCUAUCUCAACUUGCUCUUGGGGAAUAAGCUUAACUUAAGUUCGUACCAUUUCUUGAUCUUGCCCUUGUUAUCCUUGGGCAGGGGCCUAUAUUGCUUCAAUUUUAUCGGAUGUCUUGACUGGGACCUGAACUUGAGUUUGUAAAUUUGGUA